AGGCCACCUCGGCCCGGCAGCGCGAUCGGAACCAGAGGAGGGGACUGCGGACCCGGGAGGGGACUGCGCGGGCUGGGGACCGACCAGGGCAGGGCGGGCGCUCCCCACUCUGAACCCCAACACUCUGAGUCGUCUCCAGCACCCCGAUUUCCCCCGCACCCCAUUCCCCCCGAGAACCCGUCCCGGGCUCGGCGCCCCCCUUUCCCAGGACCCGCCCACCCUGGGAACCCCAGCUCUCCCGGGGUCCUGGUGGUCCGCUCGGCCCUGUCGCCUCUGCCCCGGGACCCCUUCCUUUCUCCUUGCGGACCAGUUUGAGGCUGACCUUUGGACUCACUAUGCUGACCAGGAUGGCUUUGAGCUGGCUGUGAUCCUCCUGCCUCCCUCUCCAGUGCCUGAUUACAGGUGUCACCGUGCCCUGAUUUUAAGCAUCAUGGGGACUGAGGACUUUGUGCUGUGUCUCCUUGGCACAUUUCUUACUAGCCAGAGGGGGUGAGCCGCACAUCUACUAUGUGCUCAUGCUGGUGGGUGCAGGUCCCCCUGGGCCACCCCCCGCGGACCUCGGCACCGUGAAUAAGCAGGAGUCACGGGGCGGGCAGGAGACGGCCGUCCGGAACAUGUCGCCGCCAGCCCCAGCCUCUGCUGCUCACAGCCGCGCCCUCCCGUGCCCAUGGCCCGCCCGGGCCCAUCGCUGCCUGGUGCCUUCGACCUCCUAGCUGGCGCCGGGCCGCAGAAGCUGGUCGACCUGCGACACAGGCUGCAGACGGUGCACGAGGGGCAGCCCGGUGCCCCCCUGCUGCACGCGAUGGUGCUGCUUCGGCUGGGCCGGGAGGCCGAGGCCCGGAUCUCGCUGGACGCCCUGAGAGCCGACGCCGUGGCCCAGCUCGUGGCCCGCCGCUGGGCCGGCAUGGACAGCGCGGAGGCCCCCGAGGAGCCCUCGGACGUGUCCUGGGGCCUCGCCCGCCUGUACCACCUGCUGGCCGAGGAGAGCCUGUGCCCAGCCCCCCUGAGGGACGCGGCCUACCAGGCGGCCCUGCAGGCCCUGGGCUCCUGCGGGGACCCGAGGCUGGGCGAGCUGCAGGAGGAGGCCUGGGCCUGCUGCGGGAGGGACGUGCUGGGGGACUCGGGGGGCUGCCAGCCUCUCUGCCCGGGGCAGGGACCCCUGCCACCGUCAUUGCCACCACCACCGGGGACGCGGAGCCUCCCGCGCCCCAUCGAGGACUGGAGCCGGGGGUGCUCGCUGCGAUCCACGGGCAGCCUGGCCUCCCUGGCCAGCGCCCUGGAAAUCAGCCAGUCACCCACCGCCGCCUUCCUCAGCCACGUCCGCGCCCCUCAGGGGCCCAGCAAGCUCUGUGAGGCGCCCCCGGGGUCCACCGAGCCCAUUCCCGAGGGUGGCCAGGAGUCACAGGAGAUGAGCUGGCCCACUUCAGCCGAGAUCACGGAGCCCCCGGAGCUGCCGAGCAUUCUCACCCCCUCUGGGGACCCCGACUGCCCCGCUGCUCCGGUGGAGUGCACGGACACCUCCACGGCCCCCAAAGCUCUCUCCUUGCCCAAUCUGGAACCCAGAGAAAGCCUCCACCCUGUCCAAGACCAGACUGCACCCCCAGCUUCUGCAGAAGACACCACAUCCCCAGAGAGCAACCCCAGCCCGCCGGCAUCCUCGGCCCCGGAGACCUCCCUGCCUCGGCCUCCUGCUCCUUCCCGGCCCUCCAGCACCUCGGCACCGCCAGCUUCCUCCUGCCCGCCCUGCCCUGUCUCCUUCGAGUCGGAGGCCCCAGAGCACAAGUUCUAUAACUUCGUCGUCCUCCACGCCAUGGCGGACGAAGACGUGGCCCUGAGGGUCCAGAAGAAGCUGGAGGACCUGGGGGUCCGUGACGGGGCCACGUUCUGCGGGGACUUCCAGGUGCCCGGGCGCGGUGAGCUCCACUGCCUGCAGGACGCCAUCGACCACUCGGGCUUCAUCAUCCUGCUGAUGACCCCCAACUUCAGCGGCGCCCUGAGCCUGCACCAGGUCAACCAGGCCCUGACCAGCAGCUUCACGCACCACGGCCGCCAGGACAGCGUCAUCCCCUUCCGGCCGCUGGAGAGCCCCUCGGGGUGCCGGUGCCCAGAGGCCUCGGACACCUCGCGCCUGCUCUCGGGCCUCGUGUGGCUGGAUGAGGGCUCCCCGAUCUUUGCCAAGAAGGUGGCCAACACCUUCAAGGUCCAGAGGCUGUCGGACCGCAGGGCGCACUGGCAGCGGGAGCAGGACGUGCGGGCCCGGCUGCGGGCCAGCCAGCGCCUGGACGCCGAGACACAGCAGGCCGAGGCCUUGCGGGUGGCCCAGGCCGCCUACCAGCACAGCCUGCAGGCCUGGUGGCUGCAGAUGGAGCGGCUCCGGGGGGACUUCGGCAGCCACUUGUCGCUCGGGUCUCAGGUGCCCUGUCCGCCUCCGGGGCCCUUGGGGGUGCAGGGGCCGUGGGGAGCCGCGCCGUCCUUCCCAGGCUGGCCCCCAAGUCCUCAGUCACCAGCACCAGCCCCGGGGUACAUGGGGACCCCCUCGCCGGGCUUCCCGCAGCCCCCCGCCUUCCCACCCGUCUCCUCCGCAUCCCCUCAAGCGCCCCUCAUUAUCCACCACGCCCAGAUGGUGCAGCUGGGGAUGAGCAACCACAUGUGGAACCAGCGAGGGGCCCCGGCCCCCCAGGAGAGCGCGCGGGAAGGGGAGAGGCCGAGUGACCCGUCCUGACCUCUGGGGACCACGCGGCCAUCCCCUCACCGCAGAGCGGGACAUUCCCGCUGGGCAGUGGCAGGCGGGGACGCUGACCUCGGAACGCCGUCACUUCUCAGGACAGAGAGGAACCGGGGGCUGGGGAGCCACACCUGUCAUCUCAGCCGUCUGGGAGGCCGAGGCAGGAGGGUGGCAGGUUUGAACCCGGAGUGGGUAACUGAGACCGUGUCUCAAAAAUAAAAAUAAGAAGAGGGCCGGGGAUGCAGCUCAGGGUGAGUGUCCCGGGCUCCAGCCCAGCCCCUGCGGGACCAAAAGGGCUGCCAAACCUGGACGGGUGUUCACACAGUCACUCUAAUCCCGGGGAGCUGGAGAUGGGGGCUACUGGAGGGAACUUGUCUCGUAAAUAAAUAUUUAUUGAAUGGUGCUUCAAA